AUGUGUAGUGAGACGCUGCAACCCACAACUACCAAGUUGCCGAUGGAUAGCGACGCCACUACGAUGGUCACAGCCACCCCCUCCAUCUCUGGCACCACCGACACCGCUACCACCAGUGACGCCGAAGUCAGCGCUGCGAUCGUAGCCUACACCACCGAUGUCUACCUAGAUUUAGUUUCGACGGCGACACCACCGGUUGUGAAAAGGCCGAUCUUCGAAAGACUACGAGAACCCUAUCAACCCGAGGAUUAUAACUACGACUUUUUGCGAGAAAUGUAA